AUGGCACUGCGUUCGCAGUGGACGGCCAGAGAGGUAAUCGACCUUACUGGUGACGACGACGAUGAUGACGUCGUCCAGCCUGUCCAGCCGCCGCCACCGGCGGCUCGUCCUCAACACACCGGUGCGAGCAGCAUCGCGAACGGCUUCGUGAACGGUGCACCGCUGGGUAGCUCCCCGUUCCACGGCAACACGCAUGCGCAUCCGUACGCACCAUCUCUUGCUACGCCAGCGCCAGUACAACCGCUUUACGGGCCUCCUGCCGUCAACACUCCUUCCUUUGCCGCCUCGCGCCCUGCAAAACGGCAGAAGCUGUCAGAGCCACCCCGUGGGACGGUGUACAGCGAGGAGCAACUCAUCACGUUGUCCAUCGGCCAACGCCUGUCUGCCUACGCGAGGGAUGCCGUUGAAAUAUUCAAGGACGAAGAUCUAGACAAAGACAAGCUCAGGCGGGAGAUCCAAGCCGUUCUUGCCGACGACUUCGGUGCCGUAAUCCGAAAGUACGGGCGCCUUCCCGAUGAUGACAAGGACAAGGUCACCGCCCGUGCGUUAUCGCUGGUUAAGAACUACGCUGUUCUGCCGGGUUUUCGACGAGUGCAAUAUCCCAACCCCCUCGUAAGGACCAAAUCGCCCGCUGUUUCUGCUCCUCGACCGCUUGCCAAUGGACUGCCCUCUCCAACCGUACCCAUUCGAACUCCGACGCAGGACUUCUACAGACCUACCUCCGUCAACAAGACGCGACAACACCUGAUCAGCAAGCCACUGAUCACAGAGCCCACAGUGGCUUCAGCCACACAGCCUCAAGAUGCUGUUUUACCAACGACAUCACAAUCUCUAGCUACUGUUCCUUCUACUAUACGGCCACGUACACCUCCUUCCCCAAAGAGGGUGAAAUCUGUGGCAGCCACGGUUCCGACAUCUCCGGCAAACUACCGUUCUCGUGCUAAAGUCGCGGCUUGGAAGUCUAAUACGGAUAGUCACAAUGUGAAAGAGCGAUCUACUUCCGGCUACUUCGCUCUUGAGCAUCGUCCAUAUCGCAACGCAAGGACAAAGCAAGAGAUCCUGAAGGGCAAUGGACUGCUAAGAAAGACGAGGCCAGACCAGCUGGUCAAGCCACACAUCUUCCACGUCGACUUCACUUUGGAAGAAGCUCGAAAAGUCCAGGUAGCGGCUCGAAAGGUGUUGAGGUCUGACAAGAAGCACGAUGACCCGUACAAAGGCCUGGCAAAAUUGCUUAAGAAGCUCAAGCGCCCCGAGGAUGUUACUCGUCUGGCUAGCCAGCUUAAGAUUGAGGCCAGAAGUACGGAUGACCUGAGCGCCUUUCUUUCCGAUAUCUUGCAGAAGAAAGCCACUACUCAAGAUCCACGCAUACUGUCGGUGGAGAAGGACGUAUUUGACAGGCGCGGUGAAGCUCUUCGUGAUAGCCAUCUUUCGGCGCUCCUCAUGGCGCGGGAAGUUUUUGGCAAUCGCUUCCGGACAACAACGAUGAGGCACCUCACAAAUGAGUUGCGCAAGAGCCUUGAAGACGGUCUCGAGCUCCGGUCGGAAUUCACCAACUGUGCCGGAGAUAUUUCUGCGGUCAGCUGGGUAUCUAACUCUGCAUAUAUUGCCGGAACCACUGUCCACAUGGAUUCACACAACCAGCAAUACAACAAGCCUGGAAACCUUCUGUUAGGCUCGGUUGCUCCGGCGUCCACUAAGCUGACGUCUUAUCCCGACCAUCGAAUUCCUCGCCCUAUUGUCCAGAAAGGAGAGAAUUCAACGGAUGAGAUGCGCGAGUCUCAAGAUCCUUGGCUCUAUACAUCUGUCGUCUCGUCAGACUACGAUUCAAUACACGAUCGAACGUAUACAUCUGGUUUCGAUCGAAGCGCUAAGGUCUGGCGAGUUGAAAAAUCAGGAUCCUCGAUGCAAUGUAUAGGGAGUUGGACACACGACGGUAUCGUCAAUUUUGUGCAGGCUUCCCCGUUGGAACACCCGACAGGUUUGGUGGCCACUGCUGCCGAUGUUCCGACCGGAGCUGUCAGAAUUUACACCGUCAACCCAGAGGAUGUUUCAAGCAGCACGUACAUGUCCUUCUCGGCUACCAGAGUUCCCGACUCGGACGGGAGUUUUUCGAAUAAGUGGACUUACUUCCCGUCGACAAUGAAGUGGGGCGUCGCUGAGAGCGUCCGCCACCUGCUACUUGUUGGGUUCUCCCCACGCAGUCUGACAGAGGACGAAAAUGAUAUCCCUGAGGACCGCUUGAACACCGGCGAGCUAUGUCUGUGGGAUGGCCUCACAGGACAGGCGGUUCACAUUCCGGGCGCAAACUCUCAAAAUGUCUUUGAGGUCCUAUGGCACCCAUAUCUACCGGAAUUCGUUGUGGCAUCUUCACCGGCAGGAGACUUCGAUGCUGAUAUUCGAACGCAGGUCAGAAUCUUUGUUAGGGACAACAGUUCUGGGCAGGACCUUCAAUUCAAAUUUGUAAAGUCUUUCGACUGUACAGCUCUCGAUAUCAACGAGCUUACUAUCAUGCCGAACAGCACUGCGUUCUUCUACAUUACGGCCGGCUGCACGGAUGGUAAGACCUAUGUCUGGGAUUCAGCGCAACACGAGACCCUCAGAAGGAGACCCAUUCAUGUGCUCGCUCACGACCGUCCUCUGGAGGGCAUCACUGUCGGAGAUAACGAAGACGACACGGGCGUGAAGUUCACGGCUUGGGCUGCAUCUUUGGAUCGCUUCUACACAGGUUCCUCAGAUGGGGUGGUCAAGGUCUGGAACAUCCGGGGUACCAAAGCUAAAGGCAGAGUCAUCCUUGAGGCACCAGCCCAGAUCUCACACGGUGCGUUCUCGCCCGACUUCUCCAAGCUUGUGAUCGGCGACGCAAGCGGGCGCGUCUUCGUCUUAUCCGUCGGCGAAGACGAGGAGAAACUUGCGUCCUUUGUCAACGUAUCUGGGCCUCGAGGCCUGGGUGCGACGACACGGAGAAGGCCAACACCGAUAACGCCGCACCCGGAGCCUCCGCCUCCCCGGCUGCUCCUCCAGAGCCGUGAGACCAGUUCCGACCUGGGCCACGCUUACGUCAAUGCGCGGCAGCUGCGGUUCAGUGGAGACCCUACCGUGGGAAUGGUGCAGGAUGUCAACUACGCUGACACAGGGCUGUUCCGACGUGCGGCCCACGCCGCGUACGAUCCGACAAGAGAGCUUAUGGCCUACGUCGAAAGCGAGCAGCAGACCAACCGGAAGAUGUUCGCUAAUGCCCCGAUCCGGACAAAGCGCAUAAAGAACCUCAGCUUAUCUAGCGAGAAUCCCGACCAGAUGGACGUUGACGGAGGAGAGCCCAAGGCGAGCGAGGUGGCGAGGCGGCACAGAGAGAACUGCAAGCUCGACCUUGACUUCGCAGGUUUGAGCCUUGACAGCCUAGAGGCGCUCGAACGGGACGGCGUCCCAUUUCAGGAGCUCCGCGACGGAGUGGAGUACUGCGGGCUCGAGUAUGUCGACGAAGUCGACGAGAACCUCAAGCAGGGUGUCGUUGACCGGAAGAAGGAGGACGAGGACGGCAUGGGCUUUUAG